GUCAUGUCAGAUUAUGAAGUGUCAGUGCAACAGCUAAACGACCUGUUGAUGGAUGAGAACGGGGACUUUAGAAUGCCGUCCAAACAUUUCAACGAAGUUUACCCGGGAAUUUACCUCGGAGACGAGUCUGUGGCCACAGAUGUAAGACGUCUGCAAAAACUGGGAGUGACUCACAUUCUAAAUGCAGCAGAGGGCAAGUUGCUCAUGCAUGUUGACACCUGUGCAGAGUUCUAUGCUGACUCAGGCAUCACCUACCAUGGCAUACCAGCCAGUGAUACCGAUCAGUUUGACCUCAGUACAUAUUUCCAGGAAGGCGCUGACUACAUAGAGAUGGCCCUGGCACACAAGCAUGGGGAAGGGAAGGUGUACGUUCACUGCCAAAAGGGAUACAGCCGAUCUGCGAGUAUAGUCAUCGCCUACCUGAUGAUAUGCCAUGGGAUGGACGCGCGAGUUGCUGUGGCUACGGUCCGAGAGAAACGGGAGAUUGGACCCAAUGAUGGAUUUCUCCGCCAGCUUUGUCAUCUUAACGACAAGCUGCAAGAUAAUAGAAGGUGUACUGUAUGGAGCAUGCUCUAUGAGACGGUGCUGGUCCGGCUGCUCAUGUCUUCUCUGAAGGCAGUGUUACUUGGCCAUGCUGGUGUGUUGGACGUUUGCCUGAGAGCAAAGCUGUUCUGCAGUGCUGGUGCAGCUGGGUUUUUUAGCCUGAGUCACGGUGUAUUGGCUAAGGACUGA